UGUUUUGAAGAUAAUAGUGCAAGCCUGCCUCAUCCCUACAGAUGUCCGUAGAGUUUAACACCUAAGCAGACAAGCACAACAUUCAAAUGACUUCUAGGAGUUUAAGCCUAAUAUGGUUUACUUUGUGUUUUUGUACACAACUCGAGACAAAAGGAAGAUGAGCCUUUCAUUCAAGCCUGAUCUCAUGGGAACACCAGUUUUGAAUUUGUAAUAUGGAUACAUAUCAAUCAACAGACCAUGUGGAAACCUUCCUGGAGGAGUUCAGGGAGCAGAUCAUUGCUGGGGUUAGAUCAACCAGAGCCAUCGUAGAAGCCUGGAACUCACAGCAGCUGACAACCAUCUCCGAAGCUCUGACGCCACAAGAACAAAUCAGGGUGCUGUUUCAUGUUGUGGAACAAGGAACACCGCAAUUCAAAGUUAGCUUCUACCAGAUACUUUCACAGGAGGAACCCAAGCUUAUAGCUGAUUUAGAGCAAAGACAACAGAACAGCAGGAUGACCCAAACAGAACAGAAGUGGACCAUGGAAAACAGCAAGCAAGACAAACAAAUUAAAGUCAACAUAAGGGAGACUAUUAAAAGACAAAGACAAUUGACAUGUCAAGUAAUGGGGGACAUUGAACAACUUUGGGAAAGAACACAAAGAGAGAGAAAUGAAAUUGAUUAUCUGAAGACAAAUACAGAGCAGAAACAGGAGUACAUUAACAGACUCACAGCUGAAAAACAUGCGCAGUGCUUAUUAAUAAAAAGACUGAGAUCACAGAUAGAAAAUGUUAUUGAGAAACUCGAGGAGAAUAAAAAUGAAGCUGCUGAAGAAAAAAUGCAACUUCUGAAAAUGCGGACUGAAAUAUACCAAGAGAGGGAAACUCUGGAAAGAAGACGUAAUGAGCUCAUCAAUGAGCGACACAAGAUGGAAAUGACAAAAUCACAAGAAAGUAAGGAACCCAAAGAACCCAUGGACCAAAUAAAGAGAAAGCAGGAGAUAACGGAAAGGCUGAAGGUUGACAGUCUGUUGAGUCUAAUUAACAAAAAUAAGAAAAUAGUAUUUGAAGCAAAGCAGGCAAAGGAACAAAUGGAGAAAAACAUGGCAGACAUAAAUCAAGAGAUACAGAGAAAUAAAAAAGACAUUGCACAACAUAGAGAUCAAAUUGAGCACAUCAAACAUAUUAUGAAUGUAAAUAUUCAAAGAGCUGUUAAAAUGCAGAAAGCUGCUGCCCCAGAGAUGGAAAGCAUAGAAAUGCAGAAAGAAGAUAAAGACACAUUUGACACUGUUAAGAUCAAACUCAGCAGAAUCCAUGAAGAGAUGGAGAAACUUUGGGAUGUGCUAGAAGACAGUGAACAACAAAUGGAAAUGACUGUGAAAGGGAAGCAGGAGCUAAAGACAAAAAGAGGCAGAGUGGAAAAUAUUAGCUCUGACUCUCAAAAUCAAAGAGAAAACACAGAUGUAAGCAUGAAGACAACAGAGUGGGAAACAGAGGUGAAUGCUGAUAUGCAGAGGGAAAAACAAAACAUAGAGAAAAAGUUAGCCGAGGUCCAAUCUGAAAGAGAUGAGAUUCAAAAUAUCAAAACUAAAAUACAGAGUGAGAGAAAAAACAUAGAGAGAGACAGGCAGUUAGCUAAAGCAGAAAUUAAUUCACUAAAGUGUGUGAGGGAAAGUACUGAAAGGCAAAUGCAGGAGCUGGAUGACAAGUUACAAAGAACAAAGAAAGAGAUAAGAGAGAUGGAAAUAAUGAACACUGAGAUUGAACUAAAAAAAAAGGAUCUAGUAAAAAUGAUAAGAAUGAGCAAGAGAAAAAAGGAAGAGAUCAGCAAGAUGACGGAAGAGACUGGCCAUUCUAAACCAGAUGUGAAGGAAAGACAAGACAAGACUGAGGAGCAGAGGGCAGAGCAGAGGCUGGAGGUGAACAUGGAGGACAGAUUUGAUAAGCAGAAGCUAAGACUUCAACAGGUACAACAUGAAGAAACCCUGUUUGAGAAAGACAACGUGGACUCAAACACUAAGAAUAAAAUGAACACUGACAUGAAGAGAGUGAUGCAAGUAGAAGAAAUCCGAAAGAUGGACAACACCAGGGAGGAGAUGCUCAAAGCCCAAACGGAUAUGGAUCAGAACAAGGAAGAGGUCAAAAAGUACAUGGAUAAGAUGACUUCCAUGAAAACUCAGGUCAGCAAAUGGAUAAUGACUGAAUCUGCAAUCAAAAAGACUUUCUUAGGAAAAACAUCUAAACUUCAAGAACCAUGGAAAGAAACUGACCAAGACCCUCUCGAAGAUCAAACAUUUGAAAUUCAGACCACAGACAAACAGACAGACAAAGAAGGAGUAGAAGAUGAAAGUACAAAUGAGUCCAUGUCUUUGCAACAAUCUAUAACAUUAGAAGACCAGCAUCAAAGGGAAGAAAUAAAAGAUCAGGAGCAUAUGCAUUUAAAGCAUAAACAGAGAGAAGAACUCAAUAUUUUUGCAGUGGACAAGAAGGAAGAGCACAAUGUUUUCCUACAGAUGCAGACAGAAAUUCAUGAAGAAACAUCAAUGGAUGAUGAUCAGACAGAAUUAGUGAUUAAUGUAAGAGAAGUGGAAGAAGUGGAAAAGCAGAUGUCCAAACUCAAGGAGAGAGAGGAGAAGAUACGGGAGCAAAUAAAGUAUGCUAUGGGGAACAUGGAGGAAAAAAAUCAAGAGAUUAAAAGGCUCAUUAUGGAAAUAAAUGACCUACAGAGCCAGAAACCAGAGACUGAAAAUGGGUUACAAAUUACAGUCUGGGAAAGCACCAAUGUUUUUAAACAUGAAGUAAUUAAAUAUGAAGUGAAAAUACUAAACCAGGAGAUUGGAAAUAAGGUGAAACAAGAUGGUAUUAAUGAUGUUCAGAAGCAAAAACAAGGUCAGGAGUCAGGAGAUAAUAUACAGACACAUACUGAGGAGAUAGAUGGAGGUUCUGAUAAAAUGGGCACAGGAAGUGCUCAUAUACAAAGACUCAGGGCAGAGAUUUAUAGAACACAAGAAAUUAUAAAAAUAGUAAACCUACAACUUGAAAACCAGGCUGAAGAAAUGAAUAUCAACAAGGAUCAUAAGGAUAAAGACAGUGAAACUGAAGGAUUGCUACAAGACAUGAAACAAUUCCAAGAGCUUUUGAAACUGGUAACAACUGAAAUGAGGAAACGUGAAAUGCAUCUGAAAGAAGAAAUGAGCAACAUGAAAUUAAUGAGAACUGCAGCGAAAAAGCAGAGAAGACAACUCGAUCAGAGGUUAGAUAAAUCUUUGAGAGAGAGAGAUGAAUUCGACAUUUUAAAAAUAAAAAUGCAGAGACAAACUGAAGUGAAUGAGCAGACGUUUGAGAAAUUGGAAAAAGUUAAGAGCACUGCUCAGAAAAUUGCUGCUAAAACUAGACAGAAAAGUAAAGACAUAGAGGUUAUUUUGAAGGAGGCCGAAGAAAAAUGGAGACAGUUGGAGGACCUGAACUAUAAGAUUCAUGAUACAAAACAAGACCUGGAAAACAUCCAUCCUUUAAUAUCGCAGGAAAGAGCAGACCUUAAAAAAUGUAACACUGAAAACAUGCAGACAAAGGAUAGAGAAUCUACCUUGGAAAGUACUGAGAGAGAGAAGGGAGACAUAAAGAAAACUGACAGAGCAGAAACAGAUACAGAACAGGACACAAUGACAAAGAACAGAAUGGGCAAAGAAAUGGAGGAAAUGGAAAAUGAAAUUGUAAGACUCAAAUCAGAAAAGGAGACACUGGAGAAGAAUAUAAAACUGACAAUGGACAGUUUGGAUCAGAAAAACUGUGAAACUGAACAACUUAAAAAGGCCUUAAGUGAGCAAGUAAAACAAAAGAUUGAAAGAGAAGAGAUUGAUAUUCUGAAACGACAGAUUCUAGUCGAGAGGGAGAAUGUGGGAAUAGAAAGACAAAAAGCUGAGGCAGAAAUACAUGAGAUGAACCAUUUAAGAGAGAGAGUAGAAAGACAGAAACAGGAGCUUGAUGACAAAGUGCAAAUGACCAAAAGACAUAUAAGAGAAAUGGAGCUGCUGAAGUCAGAGCUGGAAAUAAAGAAAAAAGAAAGUGAACAGAUAUUUAGAAAAAGCAGGCGAAAAAAGGAGGAAUGUGAAAUAACGAUGAAUUACAUACAAAGAGAAAAGGAGGUACUGAGGAGAGAAACUAAAAAGAGAAGAAGAGAAUUAGACCAAAGACUGGAAGAAACCUUGAGAGAGAGGGAUGAGUCAGACAUGUUAAGGAUAAAACUGCAACGGCAGGAGGAGGAACUGGCUGAGGAAAAGCAGAGAAUUAAAGACCAGACUACUUUUCUCCAAGUAAACAGAGAACAUGAUAAAAAAAGCCUGGAACAGCAAGAGGUCAAAAGCAUCAAGGAGAAAGUUGAAAUAAUACACCAAAGCUCAAAAUUCACAGAUUCCAUUAUUGACCUUCAAAACUGGAGACAAAAGAUGUAUAUACACUUGGAAAUAAUUAGGAGGGAAAUGGGAAUUCUGGAAAAAGUAAAUGUUCAUUUAGGGAAACAAAAAGAAGGGCUCAAAGCAUUAAAAGCUCAGAACAGCACUGUAAAAGGCAACAUGAGCCGCAUAAAAUAUCAGCUAAAGACGGACUUUGAAAAAAUGACAAUAAAAGCAAAAGCAGAGAUGGAUGAAAUGCUCCACAUAAGGGACGAUAUCCAAAAACAAAAACAGGAGCUUGAAAUCAGACUAGAAUAUGUCAAAAGAGAAAGAAGAGAGAUGCAAGUGUUGAAGACUGAGUUGGAGAUCAGCAAAAAAGAAAAUCAACAGCUGAUCAGAAAAGGCAUUCGCAAAGAGCAGGAAGGUAAAAAGAUGUGGGCUGAGGUCAAAGGAGAAAAAGACGUCCUCAAGAGGGAGACACAAAAGAGAAAGAAAGAGCUCGACCAGCGACUUGAGAGAAUUAACAGAGAGAGGGAUGAACUGGAGAUCAUGAAAUUGAAGAUGCAAAGAAAAAAUGACAGGAGAAAAGAUGUAAUGAAAGAGUCCAGGAUGGCAAUAGCCACAAACAUUCCAGAUCCAAUUCAAUUGAGAAACGAACAUGAAUUUAACUCUGUCAAAAUGAAAGAUGAUACCCAUGAAGAAAUUCAAGAGAUAGAAGAAAUCAAACAAAAAGAAGAAGACAAUGACAUGCUGCAUUUUAAACAGAUUGGGCAGGCAAAAAGAGAAGAACUGGAACCAAAUAAAGAAAAAGGUGCAAAGAACAUUGUGGUCUUAAAAGUAGAAGGUAUAAAAAGAAUGUCUGAUGUGGUCAAUGAAAAGAGAGGCAGUGAGAUGAUGAGUAAAGAGAAACUAGACUUGGAGCUGAUGAGGUCUGACAUCUUGAAACAAAGUGACAUAUUAGAACAAGUGAUACAAGAUAUAAAACAGGAAAAAGACAAACUGGAAAUCACAAAGACUGAGCUACAACUGAAGAAAGAACAUGCAGACAAUCAGUGUGAUGAGAUCAACAGAGAGAAAAUCAACAUUAAAGAUCUGACCCUUCAGCUUCAGACAGAAAGAGAUAAACUUGACAAUGUCAUGAACAUGAUUACCUUAAAACAAGAAGAACAACAACGCAAGGAAGAAGAGUUCAAAAGACAAACACAAGAACUGGAAACCAGUAAGAACAGUGUACUGGUAGAAAGAAAGGAACUGGAACUUUUGAGGAAGGAUCUCAACAGGAAGAAAGAAGAAAUAGAAGCUGCCAUGAACACCAUCAGUGGAGAGAGAGAACAACUCAAUCAGAUGAAGAGUAGUACUGACAUGGACAGACAAAGGCUCGAGAAAGAAAAGGUCAGAAUGGAAGGAGAAAGGUCUGAGCUAACAAUAAGAGAAGAUCAACUCUUGAAUGAAAUUAAAUCACUAAAAACUCUGAGGGAAAAAAUACAACAGCUAAAUGAAAAGAUGAGUGAAGACGUGAAAAACAAAAUGGAAAGAUUACAACAAAACAAUCAAGACAUACUAAUGCUGUACACUGUAUUGGAACAAAAGCUUACAGCUCUAGAUGUUCAGAAAGAGAACCUGGCUGGAUACAGUGACCUGUUAGAGAGAGAAAAGAAAAGUCUGAUAGGUAUACUGUCAGACAUGGUCAUCCAGAGAGAAGACGUUGAAAAUCAAUGGAAGCAGAAGUUUGAGUUGGACAAACAAGAUCUUUACAAAUUGAAGUCAGAGCUGAAGCAAGACAGAGAGGAUCUGGAUAGAGAGAAAGAGAUGAUGAACAAAGAGAAACUGGACAUGGAGCUGAUGAGGUCUGACAUCCUGAAACAAAGUGACAUAUUAGAACAAGCGAUACAAGAUAUAAAAGAGGAAAAAGACAAACUGGAAAUCACAAAGACUGAGCUACAACAGAAGAAAGAACAUGCAGACAGUCAGUUUGAUGAGAUCAACAGAGAGAAAACCAACAUUAAAGAUCUGACCCUUCAGCUUCAGAAAGAAAGAGACAAACUUGACAAUAUCAUGAACAUGAUUGCCUUAAAACAAGAACAACAACAACUCAAGGAAGAAGAGUUCAAAAGACAAACACAAGAACUGGAAACCACUAAGAACAGUGUACUGGUAGAAAGAAAUGAACUGGAACUUUUGAGGAAGGAUAUCAACAGGAAGAAAGAAGAGAUUGAAGCUGCCAUGAACACAAUCAGUGGAGAGAGAGAACAACUCAAUCAGAUGAAGAGUAGUACUGACAUGGACAGACGAAGGCUCGAGAAUGAAAAGGACAGAAUGGAAGGAGAAAGGUCUGAGCUGACAAUAAGAGAAGAUCAACUCUUGAAUGAAAUUAAAUCUCUAGAAAAUCUGAGGGAAAAACUGCAACAGCUGAAUGAAAGGAUGAGUGAAGACGUGAAAAACAAAAUCAUGAGACUGGAACAAAACAAUGAAGACUUACUGAAACUGUUGAGUGUUUUGGAGCAAAAGCAUGAGGCUCUGGAUAAACUGAAGGAAAAUAUGUCAUCUUACACUGAGAUAUUAGAGAGAGAAAAAGAAGGGUUGAAGAGUAUGUUGUCAGAAAUUGUCAUGCAAAGACAAGAAAUGGCCAAACGACUGAAACAAGAGGCUGAGUUGGAAAAGACACAUCUUAUAGAACUAAAGGCAGGGCAGAAACAAGACAGAGAGGAUCUGGAUAGAGAGAGUGAGAUGAUGAACAAAGAGAAACUGGAAAUGGAGCUGAUGAGGCCUGACAUCCCCAAACAAAGUGACAUAUUAGAACAAGUGAUACAAGAUAUAAAAGAGGAAAAAGACAAACUGGAAAUCACAAAGACUGAGCUACAACAGAAGAAAGAACAUGCAGACAGUCAGUUUGAUGAGAUCAACAGAGAGAAAACCAACAUUAAAGAUCUGACCCUUCAGCUUCAGACAGAAAGAGAUAAACUUGACAAUGUCAUGAACAUGAUUACCUUAAAACAAGAAGAACAACAACGCAAGGAAGAAGAGUUCAAAAGACAAACACAAGAACUGGAAACCAGUAAGAACAGUGUACUGGUAGAAAGAAAGGAACUGGAACUUUUGAGGAAGGAUCUCAACAGGAAGAAAGAAGUGAUUGGAGCUGCCAUGAACACCAUCAGUGGAGAGAGAGAACAACUCAAUCAGAUGAAGAGUUGUACUGACAUGGACAGACGAAGGCUCGAGAAUGAAAAGGACAGAAUGGAAGGAGAAAGGUCUGAGCUGACAAUAAGAGAAGAUCAACUCUUGAAUGAAAUUAAAUCUCUAGAAAAUCUGAGGGAAAAACUGCAACAGCUGAAUGAAAGGAUGAGUGAAGACGUGAAAAACAAAAUCAUGAGACUGGAACAAAACAAUGAAGACUUACUGAAGCUGUUGAGUGUUUUGGAGCAAAAGCAUGAGGCUCUGGAUAAACUGAAGGAAAAUAUGUCAUCUUACACUGAGAUAUUAGAGAGAGAAAAAGAAGGGUUGAAGAGUAUGUUGUCAGAAAUUGUCAUGCAAAGACAAGAAAUGGCCAAACGACUGAAACAAGAGGCUGAGUUGGAAAAGACACAUCUUAUAGAACUAAAGGCAGGGCAGAAGCAAGACAAAGAGGAUCUGGAUAGAGAGAGUGAGAUGAUGAACAAAGAGAAACUGGAAAUGGAGCUGUUGAGGCCUGACAUCCCCAAACAAAGUGAUAUAUUAGAACAAGUGAUACAAGAUCUAAAAGAGGAAAAAGACAAACUGGAAAUCACAAAGACUGAGCUACAACAGAAGAAAGAACAUGCAGACAGUCAGUUUGAUGAGAUCAACAGAGAGAAAACCAACAUUAAAGAUCUGACCCUUCAGCUUCAGAAAGAAAGAGACAAACUUGACAAUAUCAUGAACAUGAUUACCUUAAAACAAGAACAACAACAACUCAAGGAAGAAGAGUUCAAAAGACAAACACAAGAACUGGAAACCAGUAAGAACAGUGUACUGGUAGAAAGAAAGGAACUGGAACUUUUGAGGAAGGAUCUCAACAGGAAGAAAGAAGAGAUUGGAGCUGCCAUGAACACUAUCAGUGGAGAGAGAGAACAACUCAAUCAGAUGAAGAGUAGUACUGACAUGGACAGACAAAGGCUCGAGAAAGAAAAGGUCAGAAUGGAAGGAGAAAGGUCUGAGCUAACAAUAAGAGAAGAUCAACUCUUGAAUGAAAUUAAAUCACUAAAAACUCUGAGGGAAAAAAUACAACAGCUAAAUGAAAGGAUGAGUGAAGACGUGAAAAACAAAAUGGAAAGAUUACAACAAAACAAUCAAGACGUACUAAUGCUGUACACUGUAUUGGAACAAAAGCUUACAGCUCUAGAUGUUCAGAAAGAGAACCUGGCUGGAUACAGUGACCUGUUAGAGAGAGAAAAGAAAGUCUGAUAGGUAUACUGUCAG